CAGCAUCCACUACGGACUACGAGAAAUAGAAUUAUCGGUAAGUAAAUUCUUAUUAUCUAUGGUAAUAGUACAGGGACAUGACUGUGGAGGUGAGGGGAUAUUUACAGUGAUAUUUAUGUCUCCCCCAUUUCACAGAGGUGUGAAGAAGACAUCUGGUGAGCGUGAGACACCCAGCAGCCAUGCUCAUGUGUCAGGAGGACUGAGCAGGUCCCAGAGCACCAUCAUGGUGCCUCCACCUCACUCACUGAUACAUGAGAGACACAGUGACCAGAAGAUCCAGGAACUCACCAACAAGAUCAUUCCACUGCUGACUGGAGAGGAGGGGGAGUAUAUAGAGGAACACAGGGGUCUGUACAAGGACUUGAUGAUGGAGAAUCACCGGCCCCUCACAUCACUGGAUGGGCCCAGUAACAGAGAUACCCCAGAGAGAUGUCCCCGUCCUCUGUAUUCCCAGGAUUGUACAGAGGAGAAUUACAGGAUCCCACAGGAGGAUCAGGUAGAACGUCUGUCUGAUAUUAAAACAGAAGACAUAGAAGAAGAAGAAGUGACUGAUAUAAAGGUAGAAGAUAUAGAGGGAGAUGAAGAGACGUAUGUGACUGAUAUAAAGGCAGAAGAUACAGAGGGAAAAGAAGAGACGUAUGUGACUGAUAUGAAGGCAGAAGAUAUAGAGGGAGAAGAAGAGACGUAUGUGACUGUUAUAAAGGCAGAAGAUAUAGAGGAAGAAGACGAGACGUAUGUGACUGAUAUAAAGGCAGAAGAUACAGAGGGAGAAGAAGAGACGUAUGUGACUGAUAUAAAGGCAGAAGAUAUAGAGGGAGAAGAACAGACGUAUCUGAAGGGUGAUCAGCAGUGUAAGGAGGAGGAAAUCCCUACAGAUAUCAGCACAGCAGAUGGACACACAAGCAGGAAUAUCUCAGAAGGACAUCUAAUGUUAUCCCCGGAUUGUGGCAUAAAAGAUAAUGAUAGUAGACAGGAUUCUCCAGGAGAUAACCCCAUUACCCCAGUGAUACAUCCAGCUCUAUCAGCUGGUCCUUCUGAUCCUGGGAAGUGUUCUCCUGAUCACUCUGAUAUUGGUGCAUCUGUUACAGCUCUGAGAGUAGAUGCAGUGUUUCCCUGUUCUAUAGAUGCCAAAUGUUUUACACAGAACACAAAGCCUAUUAACCCACACACAGGUAAGGCAGGUGGAAGGCCACUGAUAUGUUCAGAGUGUGGGAAAUGUUUUACAUACAAAUCACAUCUUGUUAUACAUCAGAGAAGUCACACAGGUGAGAGGCCACUGACAUGUUCUGAGUGUGGGAAAUGUUUUACAUACAAAUCACAUCUUGUUAUACAUCAGAGAAGUCACACAGGUGAGAGGCCACUGACAUGUUCUGAGUGUGGGAAAUGUUUUGCACGGAAAUCACAUCUUGUUAUGCAUCAGAGAAGUCACACAGGUGAGAAGCCGUUUCCAUGUUCUGAGUGUGGGAAAUGUUUUACACGCAAACUAUAUCUUGUUAGACAUCAGAGGAGACACACAGGUGUGAAGCCAUUUUCUUGCUCUGAGUGUGGGAAAUGUUUUACACAGAAAUCACAACUUGUUACACAUCAGCAAAUUCACACAGGUGAGAAUCUGUUUUCUUGCUCUGAGUGUACGAAAUGUUUUACACGGAAAUCAGAUCUUAUUACACAUCAGCGAAGUCACACUGGUGAGCAGCCAUUUCCAUGUUCUGAGUGUGGGAAAUGUUUUGCAGACAAAUCAAAUCUUACUAAACAUGAAAGAAGUCACACAGGUGAGAAGACAUUUUCAUGCUCCGAGUGUGGGAAAUGUUUUACACGGAAAUCACAUCUUGUUACACAUCAGCAAAGUCACACAGGUGAGAAGCCAUUUCCAUGUUCUGAGUGUGGGAAAUGUUUUGCACACAAACCAGAUCUUGUUAGACAUCAGAGAAAUCACACAGGUGAGAAGCAAUUUUCUUGCUCUGAGUGUGGGAAAUGUUGUUUAAGUAAAUCACAUCUUGUUACACAUCAGAGAAGUCACACAGGUGUGAAGCCAUUUUCUUGCUCUGAGUGUGGGAAAUGUUUUACACAGAAAUCACAACUUUUUACACAUCAGCGAAGUCACACAGGUGUGAAGCCAUUUUCUUGCUGUGAGUGUGGGAAAUGUUUUACACGGAAAUCAAAUCUGGUUAGACAUAACAGAAGUCACACAGGUGAGAAGCCAUUUUCUUGCUCUGAGUGUGGGAAAUGUUUUACACAGAAAUCACAUCUUGUUAUACAUCAGAGGAGUCACACAGGUAAGAAUCUGUUUUCUUGCUCUGAGUGUACGAAAUGUUUUACACGGAAAUCAGAUCUUAUUACACAUCAGCGAAGUCACACUGGUGAGAAGCCAUUUCCAUGUUCUGAGUGUGGGAAAUGUUUUGCAGACAAAUCAAAUCUUACUAAACAUGAAAGAAGUCACACAGGUGAGAAGACAUUUUCAUGCUCCGAGUGUGGGAAAUGUUUUACACGGAAAUCACAUCUUGUUUCCCAUCAGCAAAGUCACACAGGUGAGAAGCCAUUUCCAUGUUCUGAGUGUGGGAAAUGUUUUGCACACAAACCAGAUCUUGUUACACAUCAGAGAAGUCACACAGGUGAGAGGCCAUUUUCUUGCUCUGAGUGUGGGAAAUGUUUUGCAUGGAAAUCAGAUCUUGUUAAACAUCAGAGAAGUCACACAGGUGAGAGGCCAUUUCCAUGUUCUGAGUGUGGGAAAUGUUUUGCACGGAAAUCAGUUCUUGUUACACAUCAGAGAAGUCACACAGGUGAGAGGCCAUUUUCUUGCUCUGAGUGUGGGAAAUGUUUUGCAUGGAAAUCAGAUCUUGUUAGACAUCAGAGAAGUCACACAGGUGAGAAGCCAUUUCCAUGUUCUGAGUGCGGGAAAUGUUUUGCACACAAAUCAGAUCUGGUUAGACAUAACAAGUCACACAGGUGAGAAGCCAUUUUCUUGCUCUGAGUGCGGGAAAUGUUUUACACAGAAAUCACAUCUUGUUACACAUCAGAGAAGUCACACAGGCAUUUCCAUACUCUGAGAAAUAAGCUUUUGUUGCACACAAUAGACCACUCAGGUGAGAAACCAUUUUGAUCUUCUUGAGUAUACUUAUCAUUGCCAUGUAAUGUUCCUCAAGAUUCUGUCCUAUCUCUUAUGCUUUUUGCAAUAUACAUGCAACAGGUCCUUCUGAUAGAAGCUCACCAACAAAGGGCAGGGCUACAGCUCAGCUUUGCAAACCAACCAGACUUAAGCUUGGGGGUUCAGAGUAACAAAAUGCUGAUCAUGUGCGGAAUCUUGGGGGUAAAUUUACUAAGAUGUGAGUUCUAUUUAAGAUGGGAUGUUGCCAAUAGCAACCAAUCAGAUUUCAGGUAUUAUCUUCUAUAAGGUGCUAGAUAAAUGAGAAGUAGAAUCUGAUUGGUUGCCAUGGGCAACAUCCCAUCUUAAAUAGAACUCCCAUCUUAGUAAAUUUCCCCCUUGGUGUCCUGGAUGGUGGAGUGAUACUUGGGGGGUAUUCAACUGUUUGAAAAGUCAGGUGUUUGUUUUUUCCUAUCUACUAGACCGGAAAAAACACCCCCAACCAACUUUUCAAACAGUUGACUUCCACGCUUAGACAUCAAAUAUCAGCCACAAUCAGAUCCUCAUCUGAGGAACAUAGCCAGACUCCAGCACUUAUUUCCCUCAGAAGAUCUACCUACAGUCAUACAUGUAUUUUUUAUCUUCACACAUAGACUACUGCAAUGUCCUCUACCUGGGUCUCCCAGCAAAAGAAUUGCACCGCUUGUAGCUUGUACAGAAUGCAGCAGCCAGGCUGUUACCUAACCAGCCCGUUCCUGCCGCAUAACACCCAUUCUCUGCUCCCUUCACCGGCUGCCUGUAAGAUGGUGACUCUAUUACAUAAUCUUACUGACUCUCCCAGCCCUACAUGACCAGGGUCCAAGGUACCAGAAGCAGCGCCCUGUUCGGUUCCAUCUGCAGAUGAAGGACUGUAACUAGCAGUAUCAAUUCCCCAAGCAGUGCUGAGAUGUCGGGUAGGCGGCACCUUUGCAUUAGUGGGGGCUGCUGGAGCAGUGUCUAAAUAGGUAAUAUUGUCUCCAAGCAGCGCUGAGGUGUCAGGGGAGACAGGGCGGAUGGCUGCAGUGCGGUACCAGGGGCUGCUGGAGGCAGUGUCUAUGUGGGUAAUCAUGUCCCAAAAAAGAGCUAAGGUGUCAGGGAGACAGCGGGUGGCAGUAGUGGAAGGAGACAGGGUGGUGGCAGUAGAGGGGUAGACAGGGCAAGUGACCGUAGUGGGGGGAUACAGGGCGGUGGCAGUAGUGUGAGAAGAUGGGGUAGUGGGAGGAGACAGGGCAGGUGGUAGUAGUGGGGGAGACGGCGAGUGGUAGUAGUGGGGGGGAGACAGGGCGGAUGGCCGCAGUGCAGUACCAGGGGCUGCUGGAGGCAGUAAAGAGGUGUAUGGGUCUCGCACAGAAUCAGUUGAUAAUUAGACUUAAUGAUGAUUAUGCUUCCUUAUUUCUAAUUAAUCCCUUGUAUGUGUUACUGUUAUUUGCUGUGUCAGCCUUUAUGUGUGUUCUGUGUAAUAAUCCUGAAAGUAGUGCUGCUACCGAUCUCAUAUCAUUUGUAGUAACUUGGAAAAGAUGAGAUAUGAGGUGCACUCUGGAAGCUUAUAGGGGGUUAAUCAGAGAUGAACGCAGAUGUGACAUCAUGCAGCCCCUGAAAAAUGGUCCUAGCCCACCCGCGUUAACCCCUCAGGGAUGUGACCGCAAUGUGUGCAUGUAUAUAUUACCACCACCAGCAAACUGUUGCGAGACGCUAUUGCGGCUGGUUCUGAAUGACCCCCAUAGGCUGUUGUGCAGAGUAAAGUAUUUUUUAGGUUUAA